AUGACCUUUGACUACGUCGACUGCCAAUUGAGCGCCAACCUCGACUCCACCAACGCCUUCGAAGGCCCCGAGAAGUUGUUGGAGGUGUGGUUCUGGGCCGACCGCGAUGCCAUCCCCCCCACCGAGCCCCAAGCGGGGUUACGCUCGUUACCCUUCCAACACUGGGUCGACGUGCUUGACUUGGUCAAUUGCAAAGUGUUGCUGGUGAAACGCACGCGUACGAUGGACGCCUACUUGUUGAGCGAGCUGUCGUUGUUUGUGUUUGACAACCGCAUGGUGCUUAAAACCUGUGGCACCACCACCACGUUAGCGUGCUUAGACCACCUUUUCGCCUCCGUCGGCCAGCACUUCCCCUCCGUCGCUGGUGGCGGCCAGCUGAUCCACAAAGUGUUUUACUCGCGCCGUCUGUUUAUGUUCCCUGACCGCCAAGUGCACGUGCACACCGACUGGACUAAGGAAGUGGGUUUGCUUAACCAGUACUUCCCCAACGGCAAGCUGUACAUCGUCGGCGAUUUUACUAGCGACGACCACUGGUACUUGUACCAAGGGGGCCAGGGCCGCGACGUCCAGGCCCGUCCUGGUACCAACCACGACCAGACGUUUGAGAUCUUGAUGACUCAAUUGGAUGAAGAUAAAGCGCAACAGUUUGUCGUUGCUCGCGAACCCGGUGAGCUGCUGAUGGGCGUUGACGAAGACCUUGGCCACCAGUUGGGCCGGGUCACAAUGCUGGCUCUGGGGCUCGCCGAUAUCUUUGGCGAAAGCGAUGGGCCCACCCACUUGCCGCUGCCGUCAAUGAGUGACGACGAGGAACCCGAAAAGGCUACUGGGUUUGUCCACGAUGCCUUUUCUUUUACUCCCUGUGGGUUCUCGCUGAACCUGAUCUCCCCCAGUGGAUACUACUAUACGCUCCACAUCACUCCCGAGCUGGGGUGGCUGUAUGCGCUGUUUGAGACCAAUUACCCUUUUGGUAAUGCCACCUCCGAGGAUAUCGUGGUGGUGCUCCAACGGGUGCUUUCCGUAUUUGGCCCGCGUAAGUUUUCCGUGACUCUCUUCGCCGAGGGUUCCCCCGAGAAUGCGGCGCUGUUCGCAGCAUUACAACUGCUGGACGCGGUGUUGGCCAAGCACGGCUACACCAAGAACGAAAAGAUCGUGUAUGACUUGCGCGGCGGCUACUCGUUGUUGUACUUAAACUUUGCCCGCCACGACGUGAGAGUGUAA